AGAUAGGUUAUAUAGCAUGUUGGUCGUCCCUACCUAUGUACCUCCUCCCAUCUUUGAAUUUCCCACCAGGGUUUCACUACUAGAAGUCCGCGCCUCGAAUUCCCUCGCUGCGUCUACCUUGCCUCCAGGGCUCGUGGCCAUCUUCGCUGGUGCAACCAGCGGCAUUGCUGAGGCAACGCUAAAGCAAUUUGCAAAGCACAUUGUGAGACCGCGCAUCUACUAUAUCGGCGAGUUCGAGGAAGCCAGUGACCGUGUAGCCAAAGAUCUGAAGAAGAUUAAUCCGGAGGAUGAGUACAUCUUCGUCAAGGCGGACCUCAUUACAGUCAAAACGGUGGAUGAAGCCUGUAAAAAUAUUAAGGCUAAGGGGGAGACUCUCAAUCUCCUCUUUUUGACUAUGGGAGUGGGAGACUCAUAUCAAGAAUAUACAACAGCAAUAACUCCUCACACCCGCGCCUGCUUUUUUCUGCACCUCCUCCCUCUUCUCCAAAAAACACAAUCCUUCCGUCGCGUCGUCACCGUUUUCUAUGACACCGAAAAGGACAACAUCGCCGUCUCUGAUAUCCGGGGCCGCAACAACCCCCUCCGCCGCCAUGCAGCCACAUUCAUGACGCUCCCUCUUGCCACAGCUAUGGUCCCAGGCGUUUAUUCGUCAACUGUUUUUCGGAUCGUCUGAGGAGGAAAACCAAACCCAAAGCUACGGGGCUUUUGAGAGUUAAGAGGGUUAUUGAUCUUUUGCUCUAUAAGCCAACGGGCAGCCAGGCGCAUGCUAUUUGUUUACUGCUACAAGCGCGAGGUAUCUUGCUGGCGUGAAGGACGAGAUGGCAGGCGUGCCAGUAAGUUCAGAUGAAGCGGAGACUGAUAGGGAUGUGGCAACCGGGGUGUAUUCUAUCCAAUUAAAUGCAGAAGCCGAGAGGGCCAAGAUGAGAAGGGCUUAGUUGUGGGCAAGGUAUAAGAAAGGUGUGUUUCGAAAUCAACCGCGACAUGGGGGAGUACGAUUUCGGUAUUCUCCUCCGACAGAUCUGGGAGUCUAAGAUCUCGCCUACAAACCACAUUUUCUACUAUAUACAUUCAUGUAGACAAUCCAAC